AUGUCGAAAGCUAUGCGAGCAGUAGGAGAGGAUGUCUGGAAGACCAAGGUGGACAAGGUGAACUCCGAACUUUUCAAACUCACAUACGGCUCAAUAGUCGCACAACUGUGCAAAGACUACAAUGGCGACUACUUAGCUGUCAACAAACAGCUCGACAAGAUGGGAUACAACAUUGGUCUACGACUCAUUGAAGACUACUUUGCCAAAACCAACACUGGCCGAUGUCACAACUUCAAAGACACUGCUGAGGCUGUGUCCAAGGUCGGGUUCAAAAUCUUCCUCAACACCACACCUGCAAUUGCCAACUGGGCUCAGGACGGCAAGCAAUUCUCUCUCAUUUUCGAGGAGAACCCGCUCAGUGACUUCGUCGAACUGCCCGAUGACGGCAGAGCAUACAAGGAGCUGUGGUACUCGAACGUGCUGGCUGGUGUGAUUCGAGGUUCGCUAGAAAUGGUCCAGAUGGAGGUUGAGGCGUUCUUUGUCAGCGACAAUCUGCGAGGAGACGACACGACGGAGCUGAGAGUGCGGCUGGUGAAGAUUCUCGAAGAUGAAAUUCCUCUAGGAGAGGAUUAG